AUGUUCAGUAUGGUGCCGAACUUCGACUCUAAACUGGCUAAGACUUCUCUCUUGUUUCUUCAUUCCCAGGUCACAUUUACCAUUACUGUGACAUCUAAGGGCUGUCCAAAACAAGGCAAGCCUGAGACCAUUAAGAUCAAGCCUCUGGGAUUCACAGAGGAGGUGGAGAUUACCCUCAACUUCAUCUGUGAGUGUGAAUGCCACAGUGACGCUAUCGAGAAUAGUCCACUUUGCCACUUUGGCAAUGGGACCUACGAGUGUGGAGCCUGCAAGUGUAAAGAGGGCCGUGUGGGCAGACAGUGUGAAUGCAGCAGCAACGACGUGGCUACAGAGGACAUGGACCGGACCUGCCGUAAGGACAACGGCACGGACAUCUGCAGUAACAACGGAGAAUGUGUGUGCGGCACAUGUGAGUGCAAGAAGAGAGACAACCCUGAGGAGAGGUACAGCGGCCAGUAUUGUGAGUGUGACAACUUCAACUGUGACCGCUCUGGAAACAAACUGUGUGGAGGGCAUGGACGCUGUGAAUGCAGAGUGUGUAUCUGUGAGCCUAUGUGGACUGGAAGCGCCUGUGACUGUUCCCUGGACAACAGCACAUGUAUGGCCAGCAACAAGCAGAUGUGUAAUGGCAGAGGAAAGUGCGAAUGUGGUACUUGCAAAUGUAAGGAUCCCAAAUUCCAGGGUCCCACAUGUGAAACCUGCCCUACCUGUCCAGGAGUCUGCACAGAACACAAAGAGUGCGUCCAGUGCCGGGCGUUUGGCACUGGUGAGAAGAAGGACAAAUGCAAGGAAGAGUGCGACGACUUCACCUUGAUUAAAGUGAGGGACAGGGACAAGCUGCCCCAGCCCAACGAGGCAUCCUACCCUGUGAUGCACUGCAAGGAGAGGGACGCCAACGACUGCUGGUUCUACUACACCUACGCUGUCAACAACGACACGAAAAAGGAGGUCCAUGUGGUCGAAACGCUGGACUGCCCCUCCGGUCCUGACAUCAUCCCCAUCGUGGCGGGCGUCGUCGCCGGCAUCGUCCUGAUUGGCUUGGCCCUGCUGCUCAUCUGGAAGCUGCUGAUGAUCAUCCACGACAGAAGAGAGUUCGCCAAGUUUGAGAAGGAGAAGAUGAACGCCAAAUGGGAUACAGGUGAAAAUCCAAUCUACAAAAGUGCCGUCACAACUGUGAUCAAUCCCAAAUACGAGGGCAAAUGAUGGCUCCACGGUUUUCAUUGGACUCUGCUAUCAAGCGCCUGACAGCUGCAGGAGGUUUGGGGGCGCUGACAGGAGCAUUUGGUGGUGCAUUUUUUUUCUUGUCGCUUUACCAUUAUAAUGUAUCAUCUGGCCACCGCAUCCGUAUUUUUACUAACACUUAUGAUUUAUAUGCAUUUGUUGUAUUUUAUAUGUACAGUAUACAGUAUGUGUAUAUACUUUGAAGUUGCAGAAGUUGAUGAAAUGAUGGUGUUUUUCCUGCCGCUGGACUGGUAUGGGCAGAUGAUUUAGCUUUUUUUUUUUUAACAACACAAUGUGGACUCUCUGGUAACACAACACGAGGAUUCUUCAGCUUCUGUCGCUCUCUCUUUUGUCUCCGUUGUCUCCUCAUCUCUCCCCGUGCACUGACCUUUUGUGAGUUUCUGUGUGUUUCCAGACAGGACCUGGGUUUAAGGUGUAAAUUCUCAGCCAUAGCAGCACAUUAUGUCCGUGUGUGUGUGUGUGUGUGAGUGUGUAUAUAUAGAAAACAGCUGCAACAGGAAGUUUUGAAUAAUAUUGAGCAUUCAACGUCGAUUGGACAGUUCUGUUAAAUCACACUAGAUCAUGCAGUGGUUGUAAAUGUAGUUCUGAACUGCAGCUUAGAAACAUCCAGUGUUUAAAAUUUGUAUUUGACUCUGAGUGCUGUUGCCUAUCUUGAAGGAAGAUGAAUGUCAACUAUCAUUAUUUGUGUUGUUGAUAUGCUGUCGUAAAAGGGAUUGUAUACCACUUGUUAAAUGUAUUCAAUCGUGAACAAUCAGAUUUGUAUAGUCAUGCUACAAGUUACAAUGAAGUCAUGAGAUGUUGUUCUAGUUGCUAACUGCAGUAACCUUAUUGCUCAUUCUCAGGUCCUUUCCUGUGUUCUUGUCAAGUACACCAAAAAUAUGUUUUCUGUCAGCUUGUUCAUUGAGCUCCUCUGUGUGAGUCGCCGGCGUUAGUUUAAUGUUUUAUCGACUGUAAGACUGAACACGAGAGUAUUUGUUGAGAUGUCACAUGAAUCACCUCGGAAAUGUUUUUACACCCAAAUGCCUCUGAAGCACCACACACAAGCCUUUACAGUAUUGUUUUCCAAGUGCCUUUUAUUUCAAUACCAUGUUCUCUCCCAAUGCUGUUUAUGAGUUAUUUAUUAAAGUACAAAAACUGUG